CAUUUCCCUCUCACGUCGCGGACGACGACGGGGAAGGUGUUGCACCUAUAAUACAUUCGUAUAAUGCGAAUACGAGUGCCGCGGCACGCGCUGGCUGCCUCCGUAGGAGCCCUGGCCGUCUCUCACGAGAGCUCGAAAGAAAAGCUUCCUAUAUAUCCCCAGCCGGAACCCCCUAUCAUCGUUCUUGACGAACCUUCAGAACUCGAGAGGCAAAUCGGGUCCGUUCGGAGGCAGGUUGUCGGCGCGUAUUCGAAUGCACACGCCAAAGUGCAGGGCGCUGUGUCGCGCUGGAUCGGUGUCGAGCAUGCCGUAGAAAGUCGCGUAAAGUCUCUAAUUGAUCCCUCGGAAGAAAUCACCCCGGGCCUGCUCUACACGACUAUUGCGACCCUCUCCACCUCUAUCGUCACGCGCUCGCGAUCCCUCCCCGUUCGUUUCGUCCUCCCCCCGACCGCUUUCCUCGUCUCCCUCUCGUACUUCCUCCCCAAGACCUCCGCCAAUGUCUCCGCGUACACCACCGAGCUCGAGGAGCGGUACUUCCCCACGCUCGCAGAGAAGCAUGCCAUCGCGCGCGCACACUCCGGCAUGCUCGUGGAGAGGAUUAAGGACGGGUACCAGUCGGGAAGGGAGCAGAUGGGCGCGGGGCUCGGAAAGGGUGUGGACUGGGCGCAGGGCGUGACAGGCUUGAAGAUUCGCGAGGCGCUUGGGUGGAGUGAGGACGUACUGGAGGGGGCGGAGGCGCGUGCGCGCAGUGUCACCAGCGAGGUGGGAAAGCUGCUUGAACACGACAAAGAGAACCUCAAGGGCUUUGCCAAGGAGGUCGCGGAUGAGGCCAAGGCGCGCGUUGAGGUGGGCAGGGAGAAGUUGGAGCAAAUGACGGAGACGGACAAAGGCCUUCUCAGCCGCUGGGGGCGGAGCGCCCCUUCCUCCUCCGACCCGGUCGUAAAGAGCAGAGAGUUCGUUGGGGAGGUGGUCGAUGGGACUAUUGACCGUGCCCAGGCUACCGCCUCCGAGGUUUCGAAGAUGGUGGAGACCGACAAGGCUCUUGUCCGUGAUCUAGGCAAGUCUUCGUCUUCGACCCAAAGGAACCCAGUAGAGAAGGCGCAUGACUUUGUCGGCGACGUCGUCGAAGGGACAGUCGAACGAGCGCGUGCAACUGCCGCUGAGGUCUCGAAGAUGGCGGAGACGGACAGGAAGCUGGCGGGUGAGGCGAAGGAGUGGGUCGGCGAUGUCGUGAAGGAGACGGAGGCGCGGUCGAAGGCUGCGAGCGAUGAGCUGGGCAAGAUGCUAGAGAAGGACAAGGAGCUCGCAGCCAAGGAGGAGGAGGAGGGGAAGAAGGAGGUCAAAAGACUUGUCUGAUAAGGUAUAGAUAUUGGACAAGGACAUUUUCUCUCGAUCCGCUGUGUAUGCCCGUCCAGUCCGUGUUUGGGAGAAGAAGUGUUGCGGAUCAAGGUAUGUUUACUUCCACACUGUCAUCAGACGUGUACGACAGGAGUGCGGGGUCCGAUGUCGGCUUCUACAAGUGUUUCUACUGUUGCUCAUCCGGACUUGAGUGUCAUUCGGCU